AUUCCGUGCACAACAAUCUGUAAACAAAACAUUACACAAGAAGCACACCGGUUAGGCCGCACUGGUUACUAACAUCACGGAAUUAGAGUAUUAUCUAAGUCCGUGCUAACAUCGAUAGUUUUUUUUCUUGCUUACCGAGUUAGUUAUACAAAUGGAAAAGGUUAUCAUUGCAGGUGGGACUGGCCUGGUGGGUCAUCACUUGAGGAAAAUUCUAUUAGAACAAGGGCACAAAGUGAUCACAGUGUCCAGGAAACCUGGUAGUUCAACACAAACCUGGAGUGACCUAGACCGUCAUGGUAUUCCGGACGACAUAACUGCUGUGGUGAACGUGGCUGGGGAAAACAUCCUCAACCCAUUGAAGAGGUGGACACCUGAUUUUAUGGAAAAAGUCAGGUCCAGCAGAAUAGAAAGCAACAAAAAGCUUGUCUCCUACAUCUCACAGUCCAAAAAUCCACCUAAAGUGUUCGCAACAAUCUCUGGUGUUGCAGGGUAUAAGCCAAGCCCCACUGAGGUUUACACAGAGGACAGCCCAGUUCAAGAUUUUGAUUUCCUUUCUAAGCUCGUCAUUGAUUGGGAAGCUGCAGCCAAAUUACCUGAAGAUGUCAAAACACGACAAUUUAUAGUGCGAUCUGGUGUGGUGCUUGCAGGAGAUGGAGGAAUGGUCCAACAACUAUAUCCUAGUUAUUUCCUUUGUCAGGGAGGAAAAAUAGGAAAGGGAACACAAUGGUUGCCAUGGAUACAUGUCCACGAUCUGGCAGGAAUAUUUCAUCAUGGCAUAAUAACGGACUCUGUCACUGGUGUGUUAAAUGGAGUAUCCCCGCACUCUGUCACAAACCAGGAAUUCAGUGAAGCCCUAGCCAAGUCCAUGUCCCGGCCUGCUCUGCUUCCAGGGUUCUUAAACGAGAUUGUCAUGAAAACAAUGUUUGGACAAGAAAGGGCAAAGAUCAUUUUGGAAGGGCAAAAUGUGUCACCUGCCAGAACGCAGGAGAAGGGAUACAUAUACAAGUAUGCAGAUAUAAACAAUGCUUGUAAAGAGGCUGUGGCAAAUUUCUCCUGGAGACGAAAUUAAGACCGAGUAUGGCAUCAUUGCAUUAUCUGUGUGUGUUUGAAAUACUGUUGAAUUUACUUGUGUGGUCAUACAAUGAUUGUGAUAUAUUAAAUGUCUGGGAGAGAAUAUUUUUUUGAAUUUCAGUUUUGUCUUUGGAUGUUAAUGUGUUGACAAUGUGAAUGAAAGUUUUCUGUUACUCCUUAUUGCAAUAAACUAAUCAGUUUUGCCUACACAUGUAUUAAACUCAUUAAGUUACCUGAGCGUUUUCUCAGGUGACUGAUUACAAUCAUUUUCCCUUCCUCAUCUCUAAACUUUUACAUUUUGACUUGUUUUUGUGUUUUGGUAAAUGGUUCUCUUUCGAAAUUUUCUUUCAGUUAAUUUUUUGA